CUACAUUUAGUUUAGGUCUAUGAACAUCCGUUCAUGGCCUAAACCAAACCAAUUUUAAGGAACAAAAAGAAAAACAAAAUUUGAUAAAUAAUAAAAAAGAAGAUUGUAAUACUCAAUCUUCCAUGGGAGGCUGCAUAUCUGUAGUACCUGCAAAAGCAGGUCGAAUCAUACCCCGGAAACCACAUGCCAUGACAACCACUACUGCGGCCAUGCAUGAGUACGACAUAGACGGCGGCAGCAGGUCAAUAACGUUCCGGGCCAAGUUGGUCCUGAGAGAUUCGACUGGGGAUGACAUUUUUGACAAGUACAGAUUCGGAAAGGAAUUGGGGAGAGGGGAGUUUGGGAUCACGCACGAAUGUGUGGAGUUGGAGACGGGGGAUAAUUACGCAUGCAAGACAAUAUCGAAGGAGAAGCUGAGGACGGAGAUCGAUGUGGAGGAUGUGAGGAGGGAGGUGGAGAUUAUGAGGCAUUUGCCUAAGCACCCUAACAUUGUGACUCUCAAGGAGGUUUAUGAGGACAAAGAGGCUGUGUAUUUGGUAAUGGAAUUGUGCAAAGGAGGCGAGCUUUUCGACAGGAUCGUCGCUAAAGGCCAUUACACGGAGCGAGCAGCCGCUAUGGUUACCAAGACCAUUGUUGAGAUUUUGCAGGUGUGUCAUGAACAUGGAGUAAUGCAUCGGGACCUAAAACCCGAAAAUUUCUUGUUUGCUGAUGAAAGUGAGAUUUCCCCAUUAAAGGCAAUAGAUUUUGGGCUCUCCAUUUUCUUUGAACCUGGUCAGCAUUUUGGAGAAAUCGUUGGAAGUCCAUAUUAUAUGGCUCCCGAAGUCCUAAGGCGUAAUUAUGGAGAAGAAAUCGAUGUUUGGAGUGCAGGUGUCAUUCUGUAUAUCUUACUUUGUGGAGUUCCUCCCUUUUGGGCAGAAACUGAAGAAGGAAUCGCACAUGCUAUUGUCAAUGGUCAUAUAGAAUUCGAAAGAGAUCCCUGGCCAAAGGUUUCUAAAGAAGCAAAAGAUCUAGUGAGGAAUAUGCUUGAUGAAAACCCUUACAACCGGAUGACAGUUCAAGAAGUCCUUGAACAUCCUUGGAUACAAAAUGCAAGUAAGGCUCCAAAUGUUUCUCUGGGAGAAAAUGUAAGGACAAGGAUCAAACAAUUUUCGCUGAUGAAUAAAUUCAAGAAGAAAGUUAUAAGUCUUGUAGCAGACAACUUGCCAAAUGAACAAAUUACAGGAAUUAAACAGAUGUUCAACAUGAUGGACAUCGAUAAAAAUGGAGAUUUGACGUUCGAAGAGCUCAAAGACGGCCUUCAGAGGAUUGGAGAGCAUGUAGCUGAUCAUGACGUGAGGUUGUUGAUGGAUGCGGCGGAUCUUGAUGGGAAUGGAAAACUGAACUGCGAUGAAUUUGUAACAUUGUCAGUCCACCUGAAAAGAUAUGGAAGUGAUGAACAUCUCUCUCAGGCUUUUAGUCACUUUGACAAGAACGAAAACGGAUUCAUCGAGCUCGAGGAAUUGAGAGAAGCCUUGUUAGAUGACGAUCUUGGUCCCAACAAUGAGCAAGUAAUACAUGAGAUCAUAAUUGAUGCUGAUUUAGACAAGGAUGGUCGGAUCAGCUACGAUGAAUUCAGGGCAAUGAUGAAAACAGGGAUGGAUUGGAAAAUGGCAUCUAGGCAAUAUUCAAGAGCAAUGCUUAAUGCACUCAGCAUGAAAUUGUUCAAAGACAAAUCUUCCCCACAUUCAAAAUAA